AUGAUCCGCAACUGCAGAAUCCCCUGCGAGUUGAAGACUCUCUUUGCCCGGCCAUUGACUUUUUGCAGAAUUGUAGGGAUUCCUCUUCCUGACUCUCCCAUCUAACAUUAUCCGAUUAUUCAAAAUACCAUGACAUGAUCUACCAUUUAUAUUUUUUCCCUCAAUUUAUUUGGAAUAAUCGAAUCAGUACGCUAAUUCUAAUUAUCAUAAAAUAAAAUAAAAAAUUGACUUUUCGAUCUUUCUUUUAGGCACCGUGAUGUCAACUGUCAACGCAGAAAGAAUCCUUACAGAAAGCCUCAGCUGCCAUACAUGUUUUCUUGGACCCAUGACAUCAUCACGAGAAGGUUCAUCUCUCUGAUAUCCUACUCUUCUUGCUUCUAAUCUUUAGGGAAAAAGCAUCACACCAGCUAGUCGUCGGUGUGCUCACGAGAUUGUGGUAUUUAUAUCCUGUAUGUGAGGUUUUCAUCGACAUCUCCAGCUGGGGAAGCUUCCCCUGCUCAACUGGACGAUCCAUCACCCACCCCCCGGACCAGGCUCGCAAUCUGGCGUUGCGAAAACUGUACUCUUCUUGAUUGUAUCAUUAUCCUUUCCAUUUCGGGCUGACUUCUGAUUACCCGAUAUGCUUGUGAAAUAGAAAAAUUUCCGGACCAAUUCUUGUGUUUCACGAUGGUUUUUUUUAUAUUUUAAUUUAUAUAAUACUUCCAUUUAUGUAAUGUUAUUAUUAUGCGAUAUUAUACAAUAUUCUCUUUUUUUCUUGUUGCAUACCCUGGAUACCCUCCAAUGUGCAAAAUUAUUGCUUGAAUAGCAUUUUCUUACCUUAGUUUCUUGUUAAUUACUGCAUUUCAUUGUUGAAGUUUCCCUAUAAAGUCUAUGAACGAUAUUUUUUUUGUAGAUAAUUAGUUGAUGGAUAUUAAUUAAAUAAACGCAAUUUGUUUUAUUGUUAAAUCAUCCUACAAAUUUUAUUUUAAUAGGAUUAAAAAGUUGAAGGCAAAAAAUAAAAUAUUUGGAGCUAGUAUAUAUAUAUAUAUAUAUAUAUCGUUGCAAAUUGUACACGUGGCUUCGUCUUCAGGAAAAUUAGAUGGGUUCCAGCUGCCGAGCUUCAACUGCUGGCCACUGAGCGAGCUUCGGUCUCUGGAGUAUUCGCCAAAAGCCAGGAUCAGAAACGCACACUGGAAAUUUUCCAACACAUCAGGAGACGGUUAAGAAUACAGAUGAGCCAGCAAUCACUGCCCCUUCAGUCAGGGCAGAAGGCUGGGGAUAAUGGAGCAGCCCCGGAUACUCAGGCAGAAGACGAAGGUCACUCUCAGCCUCUUAUUUAUUCAUUGGACGGUUCGGAUGGACUUCGCCGUUCUUUCCCAACAAAAAAGUAAAGGGCUGUAUCACAUCGAGAUGUCGAUUCGUUUUCCGCCCUGUUCUGGGACCCACUUCACUUGA